AUGCUGCCCGAGUUGCAAGAAUGUAUUGAGAAAAUAAAGGAUUAACUUUACCGAGGAUUUGUGGAAACCGACCAAACAGGACUCCCGUGGCUGGAUUCCGUUUGUGCCGAUUUACACCAGUUGCUGCGCAUUGUGCACAAGUAUCUGGUAUUCGAGAGGAACGGUCAAAUCGGAACACUCGAGGCAUGCUUCCUGUGCAUUUCCCAGAUUGUCACCUGUAUCCGGUGGCUCGAGAGAACGCUUAAGGCGGAACAGGAUGGUCCCACUCCCGGAAAUAAGCGACCGCAACCCCAAUCGAGGCAGUGUUUUCUCGAGCGCAUCAUCUGGUGUUUGGAGCGUUUGAAAACCGUCCUGGAGAGUGAAAGUCCGGCCGAAAGCGUAACUGAGUCGAAUUUUGUCACCUACCUUGACCUAGCGCUGAAUCUCGUAUGUCCUCUUACGGUGGCCAGUGAAGAGGAAUGCUCGGAAAGUGAGUACGAUGUCAAGUAUCGGGCGGUCAUAGUCGAAAGUGGCCGGGUCCGAUCCGUACUGGAGGCACUCAUAUCGCAAACAUUUGGAUUCUGCAACGUGCUACCGGAAGAGGAUCGCAAGCGGGUGAUGAUCUGCUGCCAGAAGGUUCUGCGCGAAUGCGGUGCCCUGGAGCGGGCUGCGAGCGAUGGAACAGGUUCCAGUGAUAAGAAACUGUGUGCCAGCGUACUUGAGGCAGCGAUCUAUCAGUUGGAAACACUCGUAAACGAGUGCCUACUGCGAUUGGCUUACGAUUCCUUCGGGGACACCGAUCGUCGGCUGUUGGGGGAUCUGCAACGGGUUCUUGCAUCGAAACCGAACGAGGAUGAAUUGGAGGAAUUUACGAAACCGUUCGAUCAGUUCGUCGAACGACUUAUGCAGAUCGGUCUGUUCGCUAUAUCGUACGCCGAUGAUCUGAAGGUGUCUUCUGCCAUACGGAGUACGCUGGCAUCGAUCGAGGCGCUCGAUUCGUACCUUAUCCCUCUGCUAUACCUCGGAACGGGCCAAAGCACAGCACUGCUAGAGGAACAUUGGCUGGAAGAGGCAGCGAACCUGCGGAAACAUGUUAAUAAGAUCAUCGAUACGAGUGCAUUCGCUUCCUCGCUGAUCGAGCUGCUAGAUAGUGGAAUCGAUUCCCUGGAGCAACAAUACGAGCCAGCAAAAGGACAGCAAUUGGUACAAAAAGCGGAGAUAUUCUUACAGCAUCUAGAGCAGAAUGGCAGCGAAACAAAACUUCACGAAGAACCUCUGCAGCAACACUACAAAGCGUAUCGUUUGAUGACGCUCGAGUGUAGAGCGAUCGUCGAGUGUACACGCAGCGAUCCGACUAUCGCUCCUGGCCGUGUGAUCAAACGAUUUCGUGUACUGCUGGCUAAACUGCGCAAAAUACAAUCAACCAUCAGCAAUGGCAAAGGGGGAACAAAACCAACCGUUCCAACGGUGGAGUCCCAUCCGCCAGCAGUCGAACCGUGCGAUGAGCAUGAAAAUGCAGAGGAAAGCCUAAGGGAACUGUUCUCUACCGAUCAUGUCCGGAUGUCCUCAACCAACAUAUUGUACCGUAGUCGCCGUGGACAACCUGCAAAGCGGCGAAUGGAGGCAACAUCACUGCUCGAAAUUAACACGUUUACAGACAUAAUCAACUACCGGAGAACGCGUGCUGAUACCACACCCGACAAAGGCUCGUUGAGGCGCAAAACGCCACGAAGAAACAGUCUCCGUGUGGCGAUUUUUAAGAAGCAACAACGAAUAGAAAUGGCCGCGAUGUACGAAAGCAUCAAGAGUGACAUCGAUCUUCAGAUCACAGAAAUUCUCGACGAACUUACGGAUCUUUCCGAUACCUUCUCUACCGCUGCUCCUGCGGUAACGACAGCAAAGACGGAAGAGUGUCCAUCUGAAGCAUCGAAAUCGGUCGAUCGAAAGACUAUCACCACCGAGGAGAUAGCAAUCGAGAAUGAUCAUAAGAUAAGAAUCAAUAUUUAUACUGAACUACUGUAA